AAUGUGACAGCACAUUUCAGCUUUUCAUCAGCAAAGUUGCAGAAAAAUCGAUUUUAUUUUGAGCGUAGACGUUGUUGUUAGUGGUUCCCUACAUAAUUUUCAAUUUACAAGAGAAAAGUCGUUUAAAAAUAAACGCAAUUAUGUCGCACGUGUGUACAAAGAGUGGUGAAAAGGUGCAAGAUGAGAAAAUCCUGAUGCCAUAUACAUACAUUCAACAAGUACCCGGUAAGCAGAUCCGCACAAAACUAACGUCUGCAUUCAAUUACUGGCUGAAAGUCUCCGAUGAAAAACUACACGCCAUCGGGGAAAUCGUCCAAAUGCUACACAACUCCAGUUUACUGUAAGUAUCAUGGUAAAAAA